AUGUCGUCUACAGUACUAGUCAGCGACCUUCCUUCCAACUGCGAGUCAUCCUACGUAUUCACCGAGCUACGUUUGCAAGAAGACGAAAUCGAGGAAGUGUACACACAAGCGGGAGGAGGCGAGUCCGUCUGGAUAGUCUUCAAGGCCCCCGAGCUCGCCGCAACAUUCGAGAACGACCACAAAGGCUACCACUUCGGGGCAACCGGCAAGAAGAUCACGACUUCAUUCUGGACCGAAGCCAUUCCCGAAACCGCCACCAACCGUUAUUCCGACUUCGUCCGCGCCCGGGAUCACCAAAUAGACUCGCGCACUGUUGAGAUUACCGGUCUUCCCGAAAAGCACACUCUGAGUGACAUGAACAAGUUGCUAGAGUCUGUGCGAGACCAGUACGUUGAGGCCACCAAGCAGAACCAACAUCUAAACCCAACCGACUACGGCUAUUAUGAGCCUAUCAACAUCCUUCAAGUUAAAACACCCGAUCCAGGAGUCGGCCUCUUGCAGCUCGCGCAGCCGUGGAUGGCGGUCGAGAUAGUACGCCAGUACGCGGGUACCUACUGGAAGAACGCCACACUCAACGCUCGGUGCGUUCCUGAUGAAGAAAUGGAUAAACUGCUUGUCAAGGAGCCCAGCGCCACUGACGUAUCACUCUUCGUCCGUGGCGUGAAGGUCGGUAUUUCGUCGAAAGAAGUGCGAGAGAUCUUCAAGGGCUUCCCCAUCACCGACGUCAAUAUACUACCAGGCAAGACGUUCUGCUUCGUUGUCGUUCAGCAAGCGCACGCGAACCCAAUCCUCGCACAGUUCAAGAAUGGCGUCAAGUGGCAAGGCUGCACCAUCAAAGUGGACUUGUCGGACAAGGAUAAGAGGAAAAAGAAGGCUGAGUUUGGUAUGGGCAGCGCGACUACUUUCGCUGCGCCCACUUUCGCUGCGCCAGCUCCUCUACCGCCUACGGACAUCACAGACUUGAAACUCGAGAACCUCCCAUACGACGUCACAGACUACAAGAUCCGCACCCUGUUUGAGGGCUUCGUCGUAUACAAGGUCGUCAUCAAGCAGGGCUACGCUUUUGUGGGUAUUCCGACAGGGGAAGUCGGCGCCGCGAUCGAUAUGCUAAACGAAACGAUGAUUGGGGCACAAUACAUCAAGGCCAAGGUAGCUCAUCCCCGGAAGAAGUAG